AUGGCGAUCAAGCACAACCAGAAGAUCGUUAAGAACCACCUUCACAAGGACUGGCAGCGUCGCGUACGCACGCACUUCGACCAGGCCGGCAAGAAGGCUUCCCGCCGCACCGCCCGUCAGGCCAAGGCCGCCGCUCUGGCUCCCCGCCCCGUCGACAAGCUCCGUCCCAUUGUCCGAUGCCCUACUCUCAAGUACAACCGCAAGGUCCGCACCGGCCGCGGUUUCACCCUCACUGAGCUCAAGGAGGCUGGCAUCCCCCGUCCCCUCGCUCCCACCAUCGGUAUUGCCGUCGACCACCGCCGCCAGAACCUUUCCGAAGAGUCCCUGGCCCUCAACGUCGCCCGUCUCAAGGCUUACAAGGAGCGCCUGAUCCUGCUGCCGCGCAAGUCCAGCGCCGCCAAGAAGGGCGAGACCAAGGCCGCCGAGCUCUCCAAGGUCAAGACCGUUGCCUCCGUCGCCGCCGCCCUCCCCGUCGCCGCCACCGACCUCGCCGUCAAGGAGAUCAAGAAGGGUGACAUGCCCGCCCCCGUCAAGGGCGGCGCCUACGUCGCCCUCCGCCAAGCCCGCUCCGAGAAGCGCUACCUGGGCGCCCGCGAGAAGCGCGCAAAGGACAAGGCCGAGGCCGAGGGUGCGAAGAAAUAA